CUUACAGACACCGGCGUCAUGCUGUCAAGCCUCUGUUACAAGGGUCUAGUCACGCCCAUUGGAAGCGAAUUGGAGUAUUCCACGUCGACAUCAACCACGUCUAGACGGUCGUCUAGCGACUUCGUUCCCCUGGUUGUGCCCAGAAAGCCAGUCCGUCGACGUCGCCGGAAGUCACUUUUACCACAAGUCGAAGCCCUGGAACAUCAAUCCUACGGUCUGAAGUUCCUGUCGCACCUGGAGAAACUCGUGGCUGGACCCCCGACCUCCAGCGGUUUCAACUUUCGACGACUUCCCGAACUUGCGGUCGCUGGUGGCGACGACGACGACUCCAGAACGGUGGUCACCUACAUCUCGCUGGGUGCUUCAACGCCUCGACAACAACGCCGCAGCGACCAUGCCAUCCCUGAUGUGGCUGGCAUCGUUACAAGGAGCUCGGUGGACUGCAUUCGGAAGCCAAAGUCGUUGAAGAAACGACACAUUACCUAUCGUCAUUCGCUGUACCUUCCACCAAUGGAGCCUCAUGCCCCUGAAGUGACCAAUCGGCGUCACAGCUAUACCAGUGCCGAGGAGGACAAAGUACAACAGUCCCCAGCCAUCCGCCAGCACACAAUCGCGUCGGCCGACUUGGACGAGAAAAAGGCCAGGUAUAAGCUUCAGCUGCAGCGUCGGCGCCGCUACAACAACUGGUUCUUCACCCUCUAUGAAUUCGAUAAACCUGCGAAUCCCGAGGCAAGUUACAUCCUUCUCAGCCGCCUUAAAAGAAUAACGACCCUUCAAUCGGGCAAAUUCUACUCUUUCAAUAUUUGUCUUCGGCUGCGAGGCCUCUCGCCCGCCUCAGAGGACCGCAGGCGACUGGACCGUCUGUUCGCCUACAGCCGCCUCAACAGCGACUCCGCGUCCUCCACAAGCAGCGUCUCGUGCAUCUCCUUCGGUAUGUUCGACAGCGUCUCGCCCCACAACCCCGGCCAACUCUUCUGUCCGGAGGGGAUGCGGGUGUCGCGGGCAGUUGGCUACGCGCCGUCAUUCUACUGCUACGGCUGCGGACGCAACAUGACCACCGGCUCAAGUCUGUCGAGCGUUGCGGGCAGUCCGACGGAGUCACUGGUUGGGUCCAGACAGCGACCGGAGGUGUGCUACUCAUUCACCCGAUCUGCGGAAUUCUAUCGUUCGACACGGGCAAUUAGGAGGGCAAGCACCAUGGCCAUAAGCUCAUUGGAUGGUUUAUGCUGCUUCUCUUACACCACCACCCUUUGGAAACUCAUUUAG